AUGGAUAGCUUACAGCCAAAUCCGGAACGCAGACAUCCUCAUUCCUUGUCGGCAUUGGACUUCCAAAAAACAAGUUCAAGCCUUGCGGCCAAUGCCAUGCGUGCCGAGCUAAACAAAUUAGCUCACAUGCACCAGGACAUGAAAAAACGCAAAGACUUUGAAAAUGAGAUGGAUCAUUUCUUCUCAUUGUUUACACGAUACUUGAGCGAAAAAUCCAAAGGAACCAAAUUGGAUUGGGAAAAGGUCAAGUCACCAAGUUCCGAACAAAUUAUCCCUUACGCAGAUUUACCCGUCUGUGAGAAUCCACAACAUCUCAAUAAAUUAGCCGUCCUGAAACUUAAUGGCGGUCUGGGAACCACCAUGGGUUGCAUAGGUCCCAAGAGUGCUAUUGAGGUUAGGGAUGGUAUGACAUUCUUGGAUCUAAGCGUCAGGCAAAUAGAAUAUCUAAAUAGCAAGUUCGAUGUCAACGUGCCUUUCAUACUCAUGAAUUCUUUCAAUACGGAUGAUCACACCAAGCGUAUAAUUCAGAAAUAUGGAAGUCAUAAAAUUGACAUUCUCACAUUCAAUCAAUCACGCUAUCCAAGAAUCAACAAGGAAUCCUUGUUACCGAUGCCGCGUUCUCCCGGUGGAGACAUCAGCCAAUGGUACCCACCAGGUCACGGGGAUCUGUUUGAAUCCCUUAUAAACUCUGGCCUAUUGGAUCGACUGAUCUCCGAGGGAAAGGAAUAUGUGUUUGUUUCAAAUGUUGAUAAUUUGGGCGCGGUGGUAGAUCUGAACAUUCUUCAACGCAUGGUAGAUUCUGACUCGGAGUUCAUCAUGGAGGUCACGGAUAAGACCAAAGCCGACAUUAAAGGUGGUACGAUUAUCGAUUAUGAAGGGACCGUCAGAUUGCUAGAGGUGGCUCAGGUUCCUUCCGAACACAUGGAGGACUUCAAGUCAAUUAAAAAAUUUAAAAUUUUCAAUACCAACAAUUUAUGGAUAAACCUGAAGGCUAUAAAACGUGUCGCCGAUGAAGGAGAGUUGAGCCUGGAAGUUAUUGUCAAUAGCAAGACGCUCGAGUCCGGGGAAAAGGUGAUUCAGCUUGAGACAGCUGUUGGUGCAGCCAUCAAGCAUUUUAAGAAUGCAUACGGUGUCAACGUGCCAAGAAAUCGAUUCUUGCCCGUUAAAUCUACGUCUGAUCUAUUUCUGGUCACCUCUGACCUAUAUUCGCUUAAUCAUGGGGAACUCGUGAUGAACCCCAAAAGACUCUUCCAAUCUGUUCCACUGGUGAAGUUGGGUGAUGAAUUUAAGAAGGUAUUUCUUUUAUUGAGGUUCGCUCAAGUGCAAAUGGUGCAGAUAGUGCAACUGUUAAACUGGUGCAUUUCGGAACCAUAG